UGACUGUUUUCAACUUUGUGCAUUUAUAUCUGUGUUUAUGUGGUUUUUAUGAUUGUCAGUUUGUAAAUAAAGGGUAGUGAAAUGAGUGCAGACACAGAUGAAUCAAAUUCUGCUGAUGCGAUAAUUUUUAAACGUAAACGUAGAAAACCUUUAAGAAAACGCAACGAUGAAGAAAUGGAAUCCAAUGAAAGUGAGGAAGAGGAAGAUACAAGGAAAAAAUUAGAAGAAAUGAAGACACUCCAAAAGCUUCGUCAGAGGCAAAAUGGUGUCAGCUUGGUCAGCUUAGCCCUUGGAAAGAAGGUUACAUUACAAGAAGAGACGUCUGUGACGGAUCCAUUUAAAGUGAAGACUGGUGGCAUGGUGGAUAUGCAAGCCCUUAAAAGUGGAAAAGUGAAACGUGUUGAUGAUGCCUACGACACAGGAAUUGGAACGCAGUUCUCAGCAGAGACAAAUAAAAGGGAUGAGGAUGAAGAAAUGAUGAAAUAUAUUGAAGAACAGUUAUCUAAGAGGAAAGGGAAAGUAAAGACAGAAGAAGGAGGUGGAGAGUCUUCUGAUCAAAAGUAUUGCUCUCCAGAAGAAUCUGCACUCCUUGCUGUGCCAGAACAUCUCCGAGCCUCAUCAACACAUCGGUCAGAAGAAAUGCUUUCCAAUCAAAUGCUUAGUGGCAUUCCUGAAGUGGACCUUGGCAUUGAUGCAAAAAUACGUAACAUUGAAGCUACUGAAGAAGCAAAGCUAAAGCUACUUUGGGAACGCCACAGCAAGAAGGAUGCUCCCUCACAGUUUGUUCCAACCAAUAUGGCUGUUAACUUUGUUCAGCAUAACAGAUUUAAUAUUGAAGAUCCAGAGCCACCUAGGAGAAGAGAUAAACAUGUAGAAGAAAAGAAGAAGGCUGUUGUUGUGGGAUUAAACCCAGAAGAGAGGGGCAAACGACAACGGGACAAUGCUGAAAAGGCAACAGAUGAUUAUCAUUAUGAACGAUUUAAAAAACAAUUUAGGCGUUAUUAGUGUGUGUAUUGAGAACCUCUAGCUGAUUUAAUAUUGUCUUGAAGUAAGUUUUGACAUGUUAAAAUAUUUAAAACGAUAGCACUACAACCAAGUGUGACGAAAGGAGAUUAAAACUAUUAUAACAGCAGCGGACACACUUAGUAGUUCACACAGAAUCCAGUAAUAUAUGUUUAAUUUUGUAAAAUAACUUUGUUUAUAUAAAAUAAAAACCCUUUCCCUUUUUAAGUAAA